UACAGCAAAGACUGAUGAAAUAGUUAAUAUGGAACUGGGAACUAAAAUUAUAAUAAAGGGCGCGAGAAAACAAAAGCGUGCAUACCACAGACUUAUUAAGGAUAUGAAUAUUAAAUGUUGUGAUAAGCCUACGAAAAAUAUACUGAUUUGCAAUGCAGGAUUAUCAACUGGUUUUGAUAAAGUGAUGUUACAGAAUAUCGUUUCUCCUAUAAUAUCUAAUUGUGAAUUCAUCAUGCCGCAAGGACGAUCUUAUUGUUUCAUUAAAUGUCAGUUAGAAACUGAUGCUAUUGAAUUGUACAAUAAAAUACAUGGACGUUUUAAAUUGAAUGGUCAAAAUACACCGUUGUAUUUGACGUAUACUGAAUCAGUACCAAAUUUAUAUAAGGAUGUACGUGAUUCUGUAUUACCACCUGGUCUUAAGCUAAUAGAAAAUUUUAUAAAUGAAGAAGAAGAGAAGUCCUUAUUGAACAUAAUUGAUUGGACAGAAAUGGGAUCUUUUUCAUCUGAUCUGAAGCAAAGAAAAGUAAAACACUUUGGAUAUGAAUUUCAAUACCAUUCAAAUAAAGUGGAUCCUAAUUUACCAAUUAUACCAAUUCCAGAAGAAUGUAAUUUUUUACAAGAUUUAUUUAAAAAACAUGGAUGUGGAGCAUAUGACUAUGAUCAACUUACUAUCAACCAUUAUUUACCUGGUCAAGGAAUACCUCCACACAUUGAUACACAUAGUCCUUUCGAAGAUACUAUACUUUCUUUAUCAUUGAGUUCUUCGUGUGUUAUGAAUUUUAAAAAAGGAGAUAUGAAAGUCGAUGUUGUUCUACCUCAACGUUCAUUGUUAGUUAUGACUGGUGAAGCUCGUUAUGCAUGGACACAUGGAAUUUCUUCGAAAUAUAAUGAUUUAAUUGAAACUACUAAUGGAGUUAUGAAACAAACGCGAGGUGUAAGAACUUCAUUCACAUUUCGAAAAAUACGAACAGGUCCUUGUUCUUGUAUGUUUAUAGAAUAUUGUGAUUCAAAGAAGGACUCCUUUUCUUCUUUUGUAGACAAUAAGUCAGCAGCAGAAUUAGAACAAUCUUAUGUACAUAAAGUAUAUGAUGAAAUCUCAGAUCAUUUUAGUGAAACUCGAAGUAAAGGCUGGCCUAAUGUAAUCAAAUUUUUAAACAGUUUAAAUGAUGGUGCAUUAGUAGUAGAUGUUGGUUGUGGAAAUGGCAAAUAUCUUCAAACAAAUAAAAAUAUUUUUAAAAUUGGCUGUGAUCGAAGUUUUAAAUUAGCAGAAAUAUGUAGAGAACGAAAUUUUGAAGUACUUUUAUCUGAUUGCUUAAAUUUACCAUAUAAAGACAAUUCUGUAGAUUCUGUGAUAAGUAUUGCUGUUAUUCAUCAUUUGUCAACUCAAGAAAGAAGAAAAAGAGCAAUAUCUGAAAUGGUACGAAUACUUCGACCAUAUGGUAAAUGUUUGAUCUACGUAUGGGCAAAAGAUCAAAAUAGAAAUUCCAAGCAAUCUAAUUAUUUAAAAUAUAAUACAAAUAAGAAAAAUGAAAAAGAAAAUGAUAAAUGUAUAUUACAAAUAACUGAUCAAAAUUUGUUACUUCCUAUACAUAGAAAUCGUACAGAAUUUACUCACAGCGAUAUGCUUGUACCUUGGAAAAAAAAAAGUGGUGAUAAUUUUCUUAGAUAUUAUCAUCUUUUUGAAGAAAAAGAAUUAUCAGAAUUAUGUUCAGAGAUUCCUUUCGUAUUGAUCAAGAAUACUUACUACGAUCAAGGUAAUUGGUGUAUAAUUUUAGAAAAGAAUAUAUAAGAGUGUAUAAAAAUAAAGAUACCAAAAUAAAAUUGUUUUUGUAAUACCUAUUUUGAUAAUUGUACAUACACAUAUAUAUAUAUAAUAUAAAAAGCUUUAUUUUUAUACAUAAAUCAUUUUGUUACAUGAUUUUUUUCAAAAGUUUAGAACAGCCAUGUCUUGAAUCUUCAUUUUUAAAAUCAGAGAAUUACAUCUGUACUCAUCCCUGGUUUUAUAAUAUUUUACACCAAUAAAAUUAAAUUAGUUUAAUAUAAAAUUUUACACCAAUGCCAGCCUUAAGGCUGUUCAUCAUCUUUCUCUCGAAGCGUACGUGACUUUAGCGACAAAUAUGGACAAAAUAUGAACUACAAAUGCAAGCGAAGAACGCUAUUCCCAUCGUGGACAUAUCCUAUCAGUGUAUAAGCUUGUAGUAUAUACUCUUAUGCAUAAAUAAUAAUCGGUUUUUUAUAGGUAAAGUAAGUAGUCUAGUAAGCUAUAAUUUAAUAUUUCAAUCUCUCAUGUAUAUAUAUAUAUAUCUUUUUUGUUAUAGUAGUGUCCAUCUUACAAUGAUUCGUGCUAGAUACGAUGUUGAUAUAAAUUUGUUUCACGACAAAUGCAUAAAAAAUAAUAAAUAUAAUGAACAUAUAUAAUAAUUAGUACAUAAAUUUGCUAAUUUAAAGAAAUUAUCUUUGAAUUUAAUUAUAUCUUAUUUAUUUAUCUGUAAAAGUAUUAUUGACAAUGUAAAGUGUUAGUAUAUUAUAAUUAUAAUACUUAUAUUAUAAUCAGAAUUAAAUUGAAGAGAAUUUGAAAAUACAUUGAAUUAUGCAGCCAUUCGCCUGGUAAUACUUGCGUUGCGUAUUUAUCAUAAGAUUUCAAUACAUGGCAAAUAUUAUCGAUCCAGGUCCCACUACGUGGAAGUUGCUGCAUAUGGAGACUCACAGGAUAAUGCUGACUCUACUCUAAAAUCCACGUUCCGCUAUACCGAUCCGCAAUGUCUGUCUGUUUCGGGAGCUUUAGACUUCUUAACUAAUAGAAGAUGUAUGAGAUCCCGCUUACAAAUGGCUCCACCGUCCGACACCCUUAGCUUCAAACAUGACCUAUUAUUAAACACGAUCGUUCGUGCUUUUCGAAUUUUGAACAAUAAAAACGCAAUCCUCGGUAGAACUUUUAAUCGCAUCCAAGACGUUCACAUGUGUGUUAAAAUAACGCUGACUCUAUUCUAAAAUCCCCGAUCGCGAGGUAAUCUAAUCAAAUUUUUGAACGAAUAAAACAAAGUCCAUGGUAGGAUUUUUAAUUGAGUCCAAAUAUUCAUGUGAAUUUUAGAAAAAUAGUGACUCUACUCUACUCUAAUCCGCGUUCUCCGGGUGACAUGAACAAUCGAAACGAAGUUUAAUCGCGCCUGCGAACAUCUACGUCUGUGUUCGCCCACAGGCGCGAGAGUGUUCUCUUAUCCUUCCCGUAUCCUUGUGUAAAAAUCGAUGAUCAAUCGAGCCAUUCGACGAUACAUCAAAAUUAUCCAAUCGCAGAUGAAUCUAUUCCUCGAUGAUCCCUCGAUGAUCCCUGGAAAAGAAGAAGAUGAAGAAUAGAAGGAGAAAUCAGUUCUACACGAUGCUGAGACAGCAGCCCGCACAAAGGUUCACACUUAUAGGCUCUACUCAUAGAUCCCACCCGAGAUUUAUAUAAUAAUAAUUAAUAAGAGUAAAUAAGAAUAAAUAGGAAUAACAGCGAACAUAAGUGCGAUCGAAAACUUGUCUGUACGUUUCUCUAAGAAAUUAUUUUAGAAUUCUAGUAUAUCCGAUUCAUUUAUUUAUUGAAGUAUGAUUAUCAAUGUAAAAUGGAAAUACAUUAAUGUCAUUAGUUAGAAUUAGAAAAAAAACAUUUUGCAAAAGCAUUAAAAUGUGUACUCAUUCGCUCGAUAAUACUUGCAUUCUAUAAAAUUUCAAUAUAUCACAAGUGCUAUCGAUCUAGAUCUAGAUCUAGAUCUCACCACGUGGACGUUGCUGCAUCUGAAAACCCAUUUAUGACCUCCCGUACAAAAAUCUAAAGCUGUGUAUUCAAAACUGUCAAUUUUCAUAUAUUGUGCAUUGUUCAAAUGUUAAUAAAAUAAUCUUAUUUAUUAAUUAUACCUUUCUGAGUUCGCGAUCAGUGGAUCGCAAACUCGACGAAGGAUCUAGCUGAAUGGAACUAGCUAAAAAGAAAUAAGGAAAAAAAAUAUGUAUAUUACUUAUAUGAAAGACAUAAUUCUGAAUUUAAUUUAAUCUGAU